CCGGCGCAGCCCCCAGUAUAAGACCCCUGCCCGGGAGAUGGCUGGCCACACAGGCUGGGCCCCGCUAUGGGCCAGAUGGCAGGCGACCUUGGCUGGCGGCUCAGCCUUUUGCUGCUCUCCUUGCUCCUGGCUCGAGCUGGUGUCUGGGGAUUCCCGAGACCGCCAGGGAGGUCCCCCCUGAGCCUGCAGGAGUUGCGGAGGGAGUUCAAGGUCAGCCUGCAGCUCGCCAGGAAGCUAUUCUCCGAGGUUCGGACCCAGGCCCACCGCUUUGCUGAAUCUCACCUGCCAGGAGUGAGCCUGGACCUCCUGCCCCUGGGACAUCAGCUCCCCAAUGUCUCCCUGACCUUCCAGGCCUGGCACAGCCUCUCUGACUCAGAACGACUCUGCUUCCUCUCCAUGAUGCUUCGCCCCUUCCAUGCCCUCUUGGGAGGCCUGGGAAGCCAGAGGGGCUGGACCAGCUCAGAGAAGAUGCAGCUGUGGACCAUGAGGCUGGAUCUCCGGGAUUUGCAGCAGCAUCUCCGCUUCCAGGUGCUGGCUGCGGGACUCAACCUCCCCGAGGAGGAGAAUGAGGAGAGGAAGGGGCUGCCCGAACGGGCUCCGGGUGGCCCCUCACACAUGUCAGCACAGCUGUCCUGGCCCCAGCUCCUCUACACCUACCAGUUGCUGCACUCCUUGGAGCUUGUCUUGGCUCGGGCCGUGAGGGACUUACUCUUGCUCUCCCAAGCCGGAAACCCAGCCCCACCCUUGGGGUGCUCAACAGUCAGCUCCCAGCCCUGA